CUCUAUCUACCGAGCAUCAUCAUUAUCUUCAAUUUCGGCUCCUUUAAAGUUUUCUGUGGAAGAUCUAAAGAUGGAUGAGUCUGUGAAAUCCUCCUCCAGACUGGUGGAGGUUUCAGUUUCUUUCGGUAGAUUUGAAAAUGAUGUCCUUUCUUGGGAAAAAUGGUCCUCUUUUUCACCAAAUAAAUACUUAGAGGAAGUGGGCAGUUUAUCUACACCUGGAUCAGUUGCCCAAAAGAAGGCAUAUUUCGAAGCACACUACAAAAAGAUUGCAGCUAAAAAAGCCGAGGAAAUGGAGCAGGAACAAUCAGCUGGUCCCAUUAUUCGGACAUUAAACAAGGAAGACAGUUUUGAAAAUUCAUCUGAGCCUGAUAGUUGUCAUGGUUUGUCCAAUGGUGAGAAAUUAGCCGAAGAAUGUGCGACUGCAGAGCCAAAUGCUUCCAUUUUAAAUAUGAACAAAGAUGAAAAUAAUGAUAAAUUGUCCGAGAGAGAUAUGUCUAGAAAUUAUAAUAUGAACAGUUUAAUGGAUGAGGUUAAUUCACAUGAGGAGAAAAAGGAUAUUAUUGCUGUUGUCAAGUGUGAAAGCUCGAAAGUUGAGGAGGCUGAUCCCGAAUCGAAUGUCAAUGACGUGGAUGAGUCUAAAUCAGAAGUCAAAGCCGAAAAAGAUUCUGUAUCAGUUGAACCAGAGACUAUUCCAAAGGACUCUCGAGGUGUAGUGGCAAAACGUCCCGCUAAGAAAAGUAUCAGAGAACAACAAACAAGUGUACUGAAAAAGGAAAGUUCCAAGUCGAGCCCACGUAACAUUACUCAAAAGGUAACCCCAACGAAUAAGGAGAAAUCUCCAGCUGUGGCGAAGAAAAAAGUUGCAUCGCCAGUGACAAAACCAUUGCAUGCAGCAGCUUCUCGGUAUUCAAAGCCAACAUUGAUGUCAACAACACUUAAACCAGCCUCUCAGUCUUCGAACAAGAAGACAAACGGAUCCCCAAUCCCGAAAAGCAAUGACUUUUCGGUUGAGAAAGGCAAAAAAAUUACACCCACAUCAUUGCACAUGUCACUUAGUUUGGGUCCCACAAAUUCUUUAGGAGGACUCCCUAUUACAAGAAAUUCUUUGAUAAUGGAGAGGAUGGGAGAUAAGGAUAUCGUUAAGCGGGCUUUCAAGACUUUUCAGAAUCGUGCUAAUGGAUCAUUAAUGGCUGAUAAGAAACCAAGUUCGGUGCAGAAUGCUUCUUCUGCUGUAUUGGAGCCAAAGGUCACGAGUUUUCGCACUCCAACAAAGGGGAAAAUCGGAUUUAGGAAGGACACUGAGAAGACAACUACUCCAAGGAGUCAUCCAGGAUCUAAAUCAAAUCCUCUGCCCUCUGGAUCGCAUAAAAGCUUGGGUCUGGGUAGGAAGAAUACGAUUGCGUCCUCACCAAGUACUAGCUUGAAAAUUGAUGAAAAAUAUGAAAAACGGAAAGAGUUCCUAAAGAAGCUGGAGACAAAAUCACUUGCCAGAGUGGCUGCAAAUGCUCAGCUUGGUGAAAAAGUGAAGGCGGCUGUUGCAAACGAGAUCCAUCAACGUCCUAUGUUGAGUCGGUAAAGAUUGUGUUAUCAGAUUGAGUGAAAUUACGUUUUCGGCCCCUGCCUGUGCUGGUAAAACGAGUGACAUGACCAGGAGACCACUUGCUAUUGAGGGGCAGUAGUUUUUUUUGCAGCCGUUAAAACUUAUAAGGAUGAGAUCUCGUUUUUCUCCUGAUGAUGAAGUCACAUUUAUAUCAACUUUGCCUAUGAGAUCAAAAGAGGGUUUAGGAUGUUGUGUACCAGUAUUUAUAUAUGUAGCUUCUAUCUUUAUACUUGGAGUAUUUGUUUGUAUAUAUAGAAGAUCAAAUGUGUGAAUGCAUCACUAGAUACUUUUCUAAUGAAAAUAACUCAAUAAUGCGGUAUAGGCUCUGAACUUGUAGCUUCUUGUAUGCGAUUUUUUUCUGUUCUUAAACUAGCAGACCUGAGAAUGGAGGGUAUAAUUUUAUUUAUUC